AUUCGUACUAAAAAGGCCGUGUAAAACUAAAUGAUAUUAGCAGUGAUUUAGGCGAAUGGAGACGUGUUUCUGAGGCUGCCUCCAUCCACGUCAGGUAGGCGGGGAGCGAUAAAAAGGCUGCAGGUCGAUGCGAGUGUGAGGGGCUUCAGCUGCCACACGGUGGAGCACCGAAUAAACCCCCACACCCCCAACUUCAGACCACUUUGCACUCAUUUGUAUGCUAAUAAACUUGAUUUAGUGACAAACUAAGUGUGUAAGAGUUGAAUGUGUGGGGAGAGAGAUGGGUGUUUGAGGGAAAUCUGCUGUUUUCCUCUAUUAAAAGUGUCUGUCAGGUUCGAGGGGGAACUUGAUGGAUCACUCCGCCGCUGAUCCGCUCAGCAAAGUGAAAAGUUAACUUAGAAAAGUAGAAAAACAAUAAGAACUCCAACACUAAAGCGCUAACCGGACUAUACACCGGGCGGCUCGCGGCGAUGCUCGAGUCCAACGUGAGCCUGAGCUGCGCGGGCUGCUCUGCCAGCGGCGGCGGCGGUGACGGGGGCGCGGGGCGCCUGGGGGGCUCGGCGGCGCCGCCCCACACCCUCAGCCCCACCGGCCACCUCGUGGUCGCCGUGUGCCUCGGCUUCAUCGGCACCUUCGGCUUCGUCAACAACGCGCUGGUCCUCGUGCUGUUCUGCCGCUACCGGCUGCUGCGCUCUCCCAUCAACUGCCUGCUCGUCAGCAUCUCUGUGAGCGACCUGCUGGUGUGUGUGCUCGGGACGCCGUUCAGCUUCGCCGCCAGCACGCGCGGACGAUGGCUGAUCGGCGGGGCUGGCUGCGUGUGGUACGGCUUCGUCAACUCCUUCCUGGGUAUCGUGUCUCUGAUCUCCCUGGCCGUGCUGUCCUAUGAGCGCUACUGCACAAUGAUGGGGGCCACACAGGCCGACUCCACCAACUACAGAAAAGUGAUCAUGGGAAUCACGUUCUCCUGGAUUUACUCCAUGAUCUGGACUCUGCCCCCGCUGUUCGGCUGGAGCCGCUAUGGCCCCGAGGGGCCGGGCACUACCUGCAGUGUGAACUGGGCUGCUAAGACAGCCAACAAUGUGUCUUACAUCAUCUGCCUCUUCUUCUUCUGCCUCAUCCUUCCCUUUUUUGUGAUCAUCUACAGCUAUGGGAAGCUUCUACAAGCCAUCAAGCAGGUGAGCAGGAUCAACACUGUGGUGAGUCGUAAGCGGGAGCAGCGUGUGCUCUUAUUGGUGAUCACCAUGGUGGUGUGUUACCUGUUGUGCUGGCUGCCCUACGGCAUCAUGGCCUUGGUGGCCACCUUCGGGCAUCCUGGCCUGGUCACUCCAGAAGCCAGCAUUGUUCCCUCAUUACUCGCCAAAUCCAGCACAGUCAUCAACCCAGUCAUCUACAUCUUCCUGAACAAACAGUUCUACAGAUGUUUCCGAGCCCUGCUGAUGUGUUCUACUCCAGAACGAGGUUCCAGUUACAAAAACUCAUCCAAGGGCACCAAGAUCCUCAGGAACAUGCGACGUGCCAAUGGACACAACGCCACCUUCGUGGUAGCCACAGCCGGCCACCCCACCGGCCUCGCUCUCGACAGCGUUAAGCCAAAGGACGGUUCAGAAGGUGAGGGUCAGUCACCCACAGCAGGCCCUGUUCCUGGAACAGUCAAGCCAACCGUUUCACUCGUGGCCUAUUACAACGGCUGAGCACGAAGAUCAAGCAAAGCUAGCCAACCUCGUAGAGCUGCAUUAGUGGAGAUGAAGAAGAGGUCAGUAAUCAGACCGUGGUUGCUGUGAGCAGUGAUCCAGUGGAGCUGCAGAUCUCAGAGAGCCAAGAAGAGCCUUCAGGAUGAGCGAAAGGAAGUGUAAAGACUGAGAGACGACAAAUCAGCCUGUGCUGUAGACGUGGGGUGUUGAAAUCAAGAGGAAACUGUCCCUUUUGACAUCAUGCCUUCUGUUGGAUACAUGUUAUACAUGUAUAGUGUAUUUCAGGGCCUGGCUGGCUGUUAUAAUGAUUGAUGUCAGUUUAUAUUUACUAAAAAUUCCAGCAAAACUCCAUUGCAAUAAUACACACAAUACAUAUUACAUGGCUUGUUUUUUUUUUUGAGCUGAUUUAUAUUAAUGACUGUUUGCAUCAUAUAGUUCACAGCUGAUUCACACACUCUCCAGUAUAUGCUCAUGAUAAAUCAGUUAUAAAUAUGCCUAAAAUCUGAAUAAUUAUAAAAUGUAAGGGUGUAAGGAAACACCACUAUAUUUUCAAAGUUGAAAAUUUUAAUCCUCAAGACUCCUUAGCUCCCAAACUAUACAGUCAUAUGAAAAAGUUUGGGCACCCCUAUUAAUCUUAAUCAUUUUUAGUUCUAAAUAUUUGGGUGUUUGCA